AUUUCUAAUUCUUUGACUUGAAUCAGGUAACUAAAAAAAAAAUCUCCACAGUUUGUUGUUUUAUUAAUUGUGUUAGGAUGCAAGUAUGAUGAUAUUUAGUAAAGUCACUUGAUCAAAAGCUGUUGGAAAAAACAAGUUAUAAACCAAGCCUUUCUCUCGAUAUUUUUUUUUUUGCUUCCAUAUCAUUAGCUGUUUUUCUCCUAUUGCCUUUUAUACUGGCUUUGGCUGGGAUAGAGUUAAAUUUCUUCAUGGUAGCUUGUACGGGGUUAUGUUUUGGAUUUGUGCUGAAAAUAGCGUUGAUAACGCACUGAUGUUUCAGUUACUGCUGAACAGUGUUUCCACAGUGUCAAGGCCUUUUCUGCUCCUCACACUGCCCCGUUGCUUGGGGACUGGCUGGGCGUUGGUUGGUGGAAGGAAACAUGCCAUUGGAAGAUUUACUGGCAUUCUAUGGCUAUGAACCCACGAUUCCAGUUAUGGCUGGUUCCAGUGCAGAUAGCUCUCCAAGUGAACUUGCAGAUGAACUUCCAGAUAUGACUCUAGAUAAAGAAGAAAUAGCUAAAGACCUCUUGUCGGGUGAUGAUGAAGAAACACAGUCCUCUGCUGAUGACUUGACACCAUCAGUUACUUCACAUGAGGCUACCGACUUCUUUCCUCGGCCAUUAAGAUCAAACACUACAUGUGAUGGAGUUAAGGAAUCAGAUGGUGAAGACAUAGAGGCAGACAGUGGUAAUUCAUCUGAAGAUUUGAGAAAGGAAAUAAUGGUUGGUUCACAGUAUCAGGCUGAAAUUCCACCUUACCUUGGCAGAUACAGUGAUAAUGAAAAGGCCUAUGAAGAUGAAGACCAUUUACUUUGGAAACCUGAUGUGAUCUCAGAAAGUAAAGUUAAAGAAUACCUUUUUGAAACCUCCUUAAGAACAGGAAAUGAAAACAUGAUUGGCAGAAUUCCUGAAGGACUACAUACACGGGACAAUGAACAAGCGCUAUAUGAACUUCUCAAAAGUAGCCAUAAUGUUAAAGCAGCAAUUGAGAGAUACUGCUCAAAUGGAAAGGCAUCUCAGGAAGAGAUGACAGCAUGGACAGAAGAAGAAUGCAGAAGCUUUGAACAUGCACUUCUGAUUUAUGGAAAAGACUUUCAUCUCAUACAGAAAAACAAGGUAAGAACCAGAACAGUUGCUGAGUGCGUGGCUUUCUAUUACGUGUGGAAGAAGUCAGAACGUUAUGAUUACUUUGCUCAGCAAACAAGAUUUGGAAAGAAGAGAUAUAACCAUCAUCCAGGAGUUACGGACUACAUGGAUCGUUUGGUAGAUGAAGCAGAAGCCCUUGGUGGAGCAGUACAUUCUUCAGCCUUAACAUCUAAUACUCGAACAGAAACCAUUCCUGAUCAACAGCUAAGCAUUCUGAACUCUAUUGCUGCCAAUGAGUUGACAGCAUUGACAAACAGUGUAGCUACAGCCUGCCACACUUCAGAUGUGAACUGCCUGGAUGAUGCCUUUCCUCCUAUAGACAGCUUACCCCGAGCACCAGUUAAUCAUGUGCCUGUUGGAACAGAAGAAUUGCUUAACUUGCCUAGCAAUGGUGAAGGUGAUUGUUUUAAUUUAUUUGAGACUGGCUUUUAUCAUUCAGAGCUAAACCAAAUGAACAUGUGCAGUGAGGAGACGGAAAGACCUGCAAAGAGAUUGAAAAUGGGAAUUGCUGUCCCAGAAUCUUUCAUGAAUGAUGUCUCUGUAAAUAACCUUGGUGUGGACUUUGAGAACCACACACACCAUAUUACCAGUGCCAAAAUGGCUGUUUCAGUGGCUGACUUCAGCAGUCUAUCUGCAAAUGAGACAAAUGGUUUUAUCAACACCCAUGCUCUUCACCAACAUGCUGCCCUUCACUCAGAAUGACUGUGGAAAACUAAACAAAGAAUGGGUACUUUAUGCAGUAGUAGUAAACUUGAUCAGAGCUAUCAGGUUUGCUUUUAGUCUUUCACUGGAAGUUUGAACUUUGACAUCAGUGAUGUCUUUUUAUGUAUAGAACUAUAUCUUGAUUUAUCAAGAGUAAUUUCUUUUUUCAGUCCAUAAACGUGGAAAUGUUCAGCAGAGUUUGGGACUAAGUGAACUCUGUGGUGCAGCUUUAAGCUCUGCUUCAAAUUUUUUUUUAAAGCCUGUAGACAGAGGCCACCAUUUCAAAACCAGCACAGAAGUUCUGAACUGAUUGGAGUGGCUUUUUAGUCUAAGUUACUUUUGCUGUAACGGAUGCAGUGUAAUAACAAUGUUUACAGGUACUGAUCCUGAUCCCUGCUCAAUGUAGCGUUUUGGGGGUUUUUUUUUUCUUAUAAAGACAGGGAUGAGUUUCUUUAAGUUAAACUGCACAAAUGUACAAGGAUGCUUUUUAAAUUGAGCCUUCUCUCAUGUUAUACUAAACUAGAGCACUUCAGUUUAAAAAAACAGCAAGUUCAUCUUGGUGGAAGCUAGCACAAGGGACUCAACAUGAGUAAAGUAUGAAGACCUACACUUGGAUGCUGUUGCAAAAUUAUGGGCCAUGGCUACCUUACACAGAAGUAAUUAUGCUGCCAGAGGUAUCUGUGUACUUUAAACUUACUGGCUUAAACAGAUGCAUUUUAGGCUAUUGUAUUCAGAUGGGUUUUGUCCACACCUUUGAAGAUUAAUGCACCUGUAGAACUUAACUUUCCUAAGGCAGCUGUUGUAUAAAGCUACAGUCUGCACAGCUUAGGAUUUACCACUAAACAGUCUACAUUUUGGAAGACAUCUUAUUGUUUGGAGCACUGCAGUUCAAAGUGGCACUUCACUACCUUGGUCAAAUAAGAAAGGAUAAGUGAAAAUGUUUCCCAUAAAAGCAACUAUUUAACUUCAGUAAAUUUUUAUUUUGAACAUUGAGUGCAAUUUAGCUAUCCACAAAGUUUGUCUUGCAAAUGUUUGUUCUAAUUCUUGCAGGAGAAUGUUACUUUGGUAGGAUUACCCUUUUCCCUCCAUACUUUUUUCUUUGCACUGUUCGUAUUACAAAUUUAAUUGCCACUAACUUGUUUUUGUUAUUGAAGUGAUUAAGAUUGUGUUGUUGAUAUUUGUAAUAGUUGCUUCAAGGUUAUGCUGAGUAAUUAGAAAGUAGCAACUUCAAUAUUUGAAAGGGAAGAGGGUAUUUAUUAUGCAUACUGUGAACUGCAUUGACAUACUGAGUUUUGGAUGCAGCGUAUGGAGUUUUCUUUAUAGUGUUGUAGUGAAGAUUGCAUAAACGCUUCAAAGCAAUAGCACAUCUACCAUAUUAAAACAAAGUAGUUUAGCACAGUGGACAAAACUAAAGAUAAUUUUGUAAUCAGGUCUUAACCUAUACAUCUGAAAUAUGUAAUUCUAGUAAAUAACAGGUAGCCUUGGCCCUGUGUUGUAUUCUGACAUUUUUAGCCAAGUUGUCAGCUUCUUGUUGCUGGGUUUUGUGCUGAACUGUGUACCUUGUUUCUUUUGUUUAUGAAUCAACACACUUUAUGUAAUUUUGUAAAAUACUGGCCAUAAUCCUUCACUGUUAUACAUUCAAGUUUAUGGGUUUACAGUGAGUGGCUGGUCUGUAUAAAAAUCAUUAUACAAAGAUGACUGAAUGCUUAUACCCAUUGCACUUAAAUGAACAUGCUCAUUCUCAUUAGCUGAUGUAGUAAUCUAUUCAAUUUAUCUAUGCAUUGCUGGGAUCUUAAUGUAGACAGAGACUUGUCUAAGGUUUGGGUUGUCAGCAAGUUGAAUGGACACUUUAAUUAUUUAAUAAGACUUUUGACCAAAAUUCAGAAAAUGAUGAGAGAAAAAUUAAUUACAGCUAGUCUAAUAGAUUUUUAAAUGCUGAUCUUAUUUAGCCUGUUGGCCAGCUAGCUGGUAUAGUUUACUUUUAAUUCCUUGUUAAAAUGAGGCAAUAAUUUGCAAGAUUUUGUAAAUAUGUGAAUUCUUCAUAUCUUUUUCAAUAUCUAUUUCAAUAUUUUCUGACUACUUCUGUGUAUAGUAACUUUUGUGCAUGCUUGAUGUGACAUUCAUAAAUUUGUACCACUAUGACUUUAUCCAUGUAAAAUAGCUAUUUAUUGAACUUUUCUUUUAGAAGCUGUAUUUAAUUAUUUUUCUCUGUUUAAACAUUUAAAAUUGAGAACUUCUUACUGUUUAUUAAAAGAAUUGUGUUUUGAAAGUCAGCAUGAAGAUAACUGAAUUGCAACCAUAUGAAGAAAUUAUAUUGCCUUGGUUCUUUGAUGGUGAAGCACAAUUCUUAUAACAAACAGUGAUGAAUUCUUUGUCCUCUGCCAUACUUUUUCUUCAUACAGACAAACCAAAAAUCCAUAAUGGGCAAUUGCAGUGUUGGUAAAUGUAUCCUUUUUAUGUACAGGAAAUCUGAAGAGGAUAGCUGAUUCAUUUAGAAGUGUAACUUGGUGCUGUGAUUAUAGCAAUACUUUUACUUUAGUUACUCAUAUGUCAUCUUCUCAUGCUAGGUUUUUAAGUCUUUAGUUUUCUUCUUGUCAUGGUCAAACUGCUGAAUUUACUUGAAGGAUACUAAACUGUAUGCUAUUAGGUCAGUGACUUGUGCAGUUGUUUCCUGUUUUUAACUUUUAAAACUGAGGGUCAAAAACAUAUGAAAACUUCAGAUCAAGUAGAACACACUGAUACUACUUAAUUUAACCAAAGUCUUCAGGUAAAUAUUUCAACUUCGAAUGUAAACUAAUGGAUAAACUGACCAACAGGGACACUAUUUGCCCAGCACUACAAGCACAUUGUCUACAGAUGGGGAAACUAAAUACAGUAAUUUAUAAAAUAAUGACAAGGUUACUAUUUUUUUAUUCCUAUUUUUCAUUGGGAGAUGGAAGAUACGAUCAAUUGUAAAAUACAGUCGCAAUGGUUACAGUCCUCUUAAUAAAACAGACUCCAGUUAUUCUCAGUUCAAAGUAAGUACCCUGUGCAUGACAACAAAUUUAGUGACAAUCGGAACAUGUUUUUAAUAUCAGAUGUUCAAGAGGAAGUUGCUAUUGUUGCAUUGGUUUUAAUAUUUGUACAUAAACACUGAAUUUUUUUCUUUUUAGCAUUAUUUUGCAUUUGUUGUACUUUACCUGGUGUACAAUUCCAGAAAUAAAUGUCUGGAAACAUUUCUUUACUUGUAAA